UCAGAACAUGACAUUUUUAUAUAGCGUGGCGGCGAUCGAUUGACCGCCAGGAACUCGUCAGGAGCUGAUGGAGAAUCGCGUCAAUGCCCUGCAAUAACACGUUCUCUGGAUUCGCCGAAGUGACUACUAGAGCUAUUACUUGCUAUUCUGCAGACGGCCGCCGAGAUUAAUGCUUCGUUGGUGAUCGGAACAGAGACUCUCUCCCUCGUCUCGGAAUUACUCGGCAUAAAUCCGGCUAAAGUGAAGUUUCAAGACAUCGUGCAUUCACAAACCAGCGUUCUCUGCUACUGCCCGUAGGGCCCGUUCGUUCCGUCGGUCCGCGGUGCAAAAAUGAGAGCACUGUUUUUAGAGCAAGAACAAAUGGUAAACCUGGUAUAAAAGCUCUAGUUUUUGCGAGGAGUCUCUUCAGAACUGGUUCUUGUCUACCAUGAAGUGGAUCUACUCUCUCCUGAUUUUCGUCGCGGUCAACGCUGUCUCUGCCACUCCGCUUGAGAAUAAAAUUUUCAAGCGCGCAUCUGUUUCCGAUGUUGCUACCGUCGGUUAUGCGACUCUCAACGGGGGCACUACUGGUGGACGUGGUGGACCUACGACUACGGUCACGACGCUCGACGCUUUGACGAGCGCUGUUACUGGUAACAGUCCCAAGAUCGUUAUUAUCUCAGGUAAACAUACCUUCCCAAGUACUGAAAGGACGAACUCACAUACGACUCUUGCGCCAGGCACUUUGACCGGCAAUACUGUCGUCAAAGUUGCGCUCAAUGGCAUCGGUCUUCGUGUGUUGUCGGAAUCAAAUGUGAUCAUUCGUAACAUCAAAAUAUCCAAGGUUUUGGCGUCAGCUGGAGAUGCCCUCGGCGUUCAGUCCGCCAGCCAAGUCUGGCUUGAUCACCUGGAUCUUUCCAGCGACAGAGACCAUGACAAGGACUUCUAUGAUGGUCUUCUCGAUAUUACUCACGGCUGCACCGGUGUGACCGUUACAAACAGCAAAUUGUAUACACACUGGAAGGCUUCUCUCGUCUUCGAUGACAACAACGAUGGCAUAAACACCCGUGAUGGUGCUCAACUCCUCGUCGAAAAUAAUGUCUGGACUGGCACUGACAAGCCUCUUUACGCCACCGAUGAAGGCUUUGCUGUAUCUCGAGGCAAUGACUUCGGGCCUGAUGGGGCAGACACCGCCCCCGUUGGAAACUUCAACACUGCGCCCUAUUCUUACACACUGUUGCCAACUGCCAACGUCAGGGCCUCCGUUACAGCAAGCGCUGGGCAAACCUUGACUUUCUAAUGAAGUCAUCUUUAGUAUGUACUAGGAUUUCAAAUUAUAGGAAAUUGACGUGCUGCCAAAAGUUUGAGGAGUCGAGUGCCAAGCUAGGUUCAAUGAAGACUGUUUUGAAAUAUAACGAUGCUUUCCCUUUCCC